AUUCAUUACCAAUCCAGUCUCCGGCGAGGAAGGACGUAUAGAAAGGCUUUGCCUUGAACGUCCCGUCGGCAUCAAUUUUUUUUUCAAUGGGCUGAAUUUAAUUUUUCGAAAAUGCAGUUUAUAGUGAUGUGCGCUUUUCUAUUGGCUGUUGCUGAAUCUGCUUUUGGACACCAAUGUGGCUCAGUAGCCUCCGGGAAUAUAGUCCACCAGGCUCCCUGGCUGGUUCUCCUGGAGUACUACCGUCGAGGUGUCCAACACGACACCCGGUGUGGAGGCACCCUUAUAAGCCGUCGCCACGUGGUCACCGCUGCGCAUUGCGUCAAAAAUAUGAGACACAUCCAAAUGGUGACCAGACUUGGCGAUUACGACUUGGAUACCACAACCGACUGCGUCGAAGGAGUGUGUUCUGAUGAGGCGGUCCGUCUGCCCGUGGUGGAGGCGUUCGUCCAUCCCGGCUACGACCUGAAGGAGCAUGACAUCGCCAUUCUCAAGUUGGGAAAAGACGCUCCAUAUACUGAUUUCAUACGUCCAAUCUGUCCGCCAACCGGAAAAGUUAACGAGAACACAACCUUCCUUGCAUCAGGAUGGGGCGAGAUUUCCCGAGGAAUUUACAGCCAGACGGCCAAACGUAUAGCUCUCUCGUUCUUCCCCACAGACCAGUGUCGAGACGCAUAUCCUACUGUUAGUUUACCUAACAAUAUCAUUUGUGCCGGUGGGGAGAAAAAUAAGGAUACUUGCAGAGGAGAUUCAGGAGGUCCUUUGGCUUUAACACGAGAUAAGGUUGAGUUGUGGGGUGUUAUUAGUUCAGGGAAUACGGAAUGCGGGACGGAAGGCAAGCCAGGCAUCUACACUAGUGUUAUAGAUCAUUUGGAGUGGAUUCGUAUGGUUGUCAGUCAAAGUGGGUGAUUAGUUUUCGAUUUAAAGUCUUAUUAAACCUUUUUAAGGUUUACCGUGAGACUUAUUAAUAUAUUCGUUAGUAGAGUUCACUCUUGACCACAUUGUGCUGUCAACCGACUGGAAAAAUGAAAGUAUUAAAUAAUUUAUUCAGUAAAAAUACGUUCGAACGAAACCCUUAACACAUUUUUUCGUUACUUUUUAAAGAUUGUAUUUUCUUAUUAUUUUUAUUUUAAAUGAAAAAAGAAAAAGUCGUUUAAUUGGUACAAAUUGUAGAAAUAUUUUUUACAGUCUAUUAUGUGCUUACCUUGGUUUACGCACAUUGAAAUUUUAAAUUGUACUUAAUAAACUUAAUAUUUGGCGAUUAAUUUAUUUUUAAACAUAUCAUUACUUUUUGGGUAUUUGUCGUUUGAAAAAUAUUAGUGUUUGGAGUUCUUCUGCAAUGUGUCAUGCUUCCUAUAAUCGAGUUCAAUACAUUUAUUAGUAAAUUACAACGAAAUAUACUUCAGUAAUGAAACUUGAGUGCCGUAGUCUGGUAACUAAGUAGAGAUUCUAGAAAUUUCUAUGGGGGGCGGGGCCUACAACUCGCUGGCUGGCUGCCGGCUCCUCCAUAACAGAUGGCGUUAGUGGUAUAGUUUUUUUAAAUAUUUUUUUAAAUAUAUGAAAAGAAAGUUAUAAAAUAUGCACAAGUUACCUGGUCCCUUCAUAUGUUUGUCCAAUAAAUAAUUUGAAACACUUAUUGAAAAUUACACUGGAAUCAGAUGAAAUUGAAAGGUGAAUUUAAUUUGUAAUUACAUAACCUCAAAAAUUGAGUCGUUAUAUAGCCGACAAAUACGCUCGGGUGUAAAAAAGAAUUGCCUUCAUUAAUAAUAAUAUAAUAAUUAUAUUCACUAGGUAAAGAAAAAAGCAAUUAAAUUUUCCGUUCUGUAUUUCAUUUGAUUCUAGUGUAAUUUUCAACAAGUGUUUCAAAUUAUUUAUUUGCAAACAUAUUAAGGGACCAGGUAACUUGUGCAUAUUUUUAUAACUUUCUUUUUAUAUAUUUUAAAAAACGAUACCACUAACGCCAUCUGUCAUGGGGAUUUCGACGAUAAUUCUUACAUAUCAACAUAUAAAGAACAUUUUAUUUUUAUCUCUCCUGCACCUAAAAUGAAAACAUUUUUUUUCCCCGAUUAUCACAUCGACUCGGGUAACUUUUGUAUUUGUAUAGUUUCGAAACUGAUGGCUCUGUCAACCCCACAAGGAACAAAGACGUGUACUAUCUGUACCUAUAUAUAUAAUGUAUAUUUCAACUUACGUAUCGUAACGAAAGCUAUUCUCUUUCGAGUAUGUUAUUGUUAACAUUGGUGUCAAAUUUUUAUUCAAGUCGCCUAAAGGCAUCUGCCACGACUUUUAUGUGUAUCGACUGAAAUCUAGUGGCACGUAGUCGCAUACUAGUGAACUUUUCACUGUCAACGUGAAGGAAAAGUUCCUUCACCAGAAGCAAUAAAACUGCACGAGUCAGAUUUAUUCACUCCAAAUAUUUUUUUGGAAUUGAAAAUUUCCAAAGCAUUUAGAUUUGGAACAAAAGCUGUAACGUUUGUAAACACGAUGUGAGCGAUACAUGACAAAUACCCGGUCGUCUAGAUAAGAAUGCAAAUAUAUCAUAAGAUGACUCACAACUCAUUCACAACGUCAGAUAUCGACAAUCCCAACGUCAUUUGAGUUUUUCUGCUAAUUAUAUUUCAUGAUUACCUAUGUAAGUAUUAUCUUGCGGUGGGAAUGUGCGGUAACAGUGUGGCGGUGAGUUGGAUUGGUUGGUCGCGUCCUCUUGUAGUAUGUUGGUGAUGGUAUGUGCCGAGCUUGACUUAGUAACUACAAAGAAAUGUUGUCAUAAAUUCUUAGUAUGCAAGAUUUUAUGGUUUGAAUUUGUACUUAAAAACAUAAUAUUUAAUAUAAACGGUUAUGCGAAUGCAUUUGUUUAUACAUGCAAGAUGUGGCCAUUAAAAGAAGACAUCACGCAGUCUGUGAGCGUAAAUUUGUAAAUACGUCAUUUGCACACAAAUUUUAUGGGUUCCGUGAAGGAUGCUUUAUAAUAUGAUUAAUAAAAAAUUGGAUUUAUAUAAUUCUAGGAAAAAAGAAUGUCAAUUAAAACUUAAAGAAUGGUUGAAAGAUAGGGAUUAUCAGGCUACAGAGAGUAUUUUGGAUAUACUAACGUAAAAUUCUAAAUUUCUGAAAAACUGUGUAGUUUUAACUUCAUACAUAAUUAGUUAUACAAAACCGGAAGUGGAGACCCAAUGUGGUCCAAGAUCGGCCUAGUUUGGGUCUCCAGGACUCCAACAAGUUAUUAUGUGUAUAAAUUAGGUAAAUCGUAAUUUUAUUGUUAACUUGUGGAGUUGAAUUAAAUGAUUUUUAGAAUUUUCGAAUAUUUGGCGAUUAAAAUGCUAGAUAUAAUAGAACCAACUCGUUUUUUAAAAUCAUAAUUUACUUUGCUUUUUGGGUAUUUGUCGUUUGAAAAAUAUUUGUACUAGUGUUUGGGUUUCUUUAACGAGGUUCCUAUAAUCGAGUUUAAUACAUUUAUUAGUAAAUUACAACGAAAUACCUUAGUAAUAAAACUUGAGUGCCAUAGUCUGGUAACUAAGUAGAGAUUCUAGAAAUUUCUAUGGGGGGCGGGGCAUACAACUCGCUGGCCAUGAGUGGCUGCCGGCUCCUCCAUAACAGAUGGCGUUAGUGGUAUCGUUUUUAAAAAUGUUUUUUUUAAUAUAUGGAAACAAUGUUAUAAAAAUAUGCACAAGUUACCUGGUCCCUUCAUAUGUUUGUCAAAUAAAUAAUUUUAAACACUUGUUGCAAUGCAAUGCACCGGAAUCAGACGAAAUACAGAACGGGAAAAUGUAA